GUCGGUGCUGGAGUCCGCGGCUCCGCGCAGGCGGCGCCCGCGCCUCCGCUCCCCGGCCAGCCCGCGCGCUCGUCCGCCCGCCCGCCCGCCUGCCGGAGCCGCCUCCCGCCGCCGCCGCCGCCGCCGCUGCCGCCGCAGACUCGGCGGCGCCGCUGCUUGCCCUCCAGUUCUGCCCGUUGCUGCAAAACAGCAAGAGAAAGAAAUCAAGCAGCCACUCCUGUCAUUGACCAGAUAACCCCACUGGGGUCAAUAGACAGACGGAGUUCCCAGGGGGAAAAGCUGCCGACAUCAGAGGAUAAAACACUUUGGACAGCUUUUACCUUAACGCUGACCUGGAAGACUUUGACACCUGGUUACAAGGUAAUUCCUGGACCCCGAGCCGAGGGCUGCACAAGGGAGGAAUAAGGAGAGCUACAUCACUCCCUAUUUUGUCUUUUAAAACUUUUAACCUGUCUUCUCAAAACCUCUUAUUCUCAAACCACCUCCGUAAGGUAUUUUGGACGCCUUCACUAUUUGCCUUCUGUUUUCUAGUCAAACCUGAUUCAUGAAAUGGAACUGAAGCUGAAAAUUCAUCUACUUCUUUGUCUGUGAAUUGGAGACACGACUGGGAUGGUCUUAAGCGCAUACAACUAGACUCCAACUGCAGCUAUGAGUUCAGACGAGAAGGGCAUAUCCCCUGCUCAUAAAACAUCCACUCCAACCCACAGAAGUGCCUCUUCUUCAACACCCUCCCAUAGGGACAGUCGGCAGAGUAUCCACGUCUUGGAGAGGACUGCUUCCUCCAGCACCGAACCCUCUGUAAGUCGGCAGUUGCUAGAACCGGAGCCUGUCCCCCUCUCCAAGGAAGCUGACAGCUGGGAAAUUAUAGAAGGGCUGAAAAUAGGCCAAACCAAUGUCCAGAGACCAGACAAACAUGAAGGCUUUAUGCUGAAGAAAAGAAAAUGGCCUUUAAAAGGCUGGCACAAGCGGUUUUUUGUCCUGGAUAAUGGCAUGUUAAAGUAUUCCAAGGCACCACUCGAUAUUCAAAAGGGGAAGGUCCAUGGAAGCAUUGAUGUUGGACUCUCGGUCAUGUCAAUUAAAAAGAAAGCUCGGAGAAUAGACCUUGACACAGAAGAGCAUAUCUACCAUUUGAAGGUGAAAUCCCAGGACUGGUUUGAUGCAUGGGUCUCCAAAUUGCGCCAUCAUCGAUUGUAUCGGCAGAAUGAAAUUGUCAGAUCACCAAGAGAUGCUAGUUUUCACAUAUUUCCUUCAACCUCCACAGCUGAAUCCUCACCAGCUGCUAAUGUUUCUGUUGUGGAUGGAAAGGUGCAAGCAAACAGCUUUCCAUGGCAGUCCCCUUUACCGUGCAGCAACAGCCUCCCCGCUACCUGCACGACCGGCCAGAGCAAGGUGGCAGCCUGGUUACAGGACUCGGAAGAAAUGGACAGGUGUGCAGAAGACCUUGCACACUGCCAGUCAAACCUUGUGGAACUUAGCAAACUCCUGCAAAAUUUGGAAAUACUUCAGAGAACCCAGUCAGCACCUAACUUUACUGACAUGCAGGCUAACUGUGUAGAUAUUUCAAAGAAAGACAAGCGGGUCACAAGACGAUGGAGAACAAAAAGUGUCAGCAAAGAUACAAAAAUACAACUGCAGGAAGGGCCAUCUGCGAAGGGCCAGUUCAGCACCACUCGGCGCCGGCAGAGGCUAGCAGCAGCAGUGGCUACAACAGUCCCUUUCAGUGCUACCAUGUCGCCAGUUCGCUUGCAUUCCUCCAACCCCAACCUGUGUGCAGAUAUCGAGUUUCAGACUCCCCCUAGUCACCUCACAGACCCUCUGGAAAGCUCAACGGAUUAUACAAAGCUUCAAGAAGAAUUUUGUCUAAUUGCACAGAAAGUGCAUUCUCUUUUGAAGUCUGCAUUUAAUAGCAUAGCUAUAGAGAAGGAGAAGCUUAAGCAAAUAGUUUCGGAACAGGAUCAUAAUAAAGGCCACAGCACACAAGUGGCACGGCUCCGGCAGUCACUGUCUCAGAGUGAAGGAGCAAGCAAAUCCUGGGCACUCAAUCAGAAUGCUGAACUAAGAAGUCGGUUGAACAGAAUACAUUCAGAAUCUAUUAUUUGUGAUCAGGUUGUCAGUGUAAAUAUUAUUCCUAGCCCUGAUGAGGCUGGUGAACAAAUCCAUGUCAGUCUCCCCCUGUCACAGCAGGUAGCCAAUGAAAGCCGCCUGUCCAUGUCAGAGUCUGUCUCCGAGUUCUUUGAUGCCCAGGAGGUGCUGCUCUCUGCAAGUUCGUCAGAGAAUGAGGCUUCAGAUGAUGAGUCUUACAUCAGUGAUGUGAGUGAUAAUAUAUCUGAAGACAACACCAGUGUUGCAGACAACAUUUCUCGGCAAAUCUUGAAUGGGGAGCUUACAGGAGGGGCCUUCCGAAAUGGACGUCGAACAUGCCUUCCAGCUCCCUGUCCUGACACCAGUAACAUUAACCUGUGGAAUAUCUUGAGGAACAACAUUGGUAAAGACUUGUCUAAAGUCUCCAUGCCUGUGGAGCUGAAUGAGCCACUCAACACGCUGCAGCAUCUCUGUGAGGAGAUCGAAUACAGUGAGCUUCUGGACAAGGCUUCAGAAACUGAUGACCCCUAUGAGCGCAUGGUUCUUAUUGCUGCAUUUGCAGUUUCAGGAUAUUGCUCCACCUAUUUCAGAGCAGGAAGUAAGCCAUUCAACCCUGUCCUCGGGGAGACUUACGAAUGCAUUAGAGAGGACAAGGGAUUCCGAUUUUUCUCAGAACAGGUUAGCCACCAUCCACCCAUUUCUGCCUGUCACUGUGAAUCCAAGAAUUUUGUGUUUUGGCAAGAUAUCAGAUGGAAAAACAAGUUCUGGGGGAAGUCGAUGGAAAUCCUGCCUGUUGGAACAUUGAAUGUCAUGCUUCCCAGGUAUGGAGAUUGCUAUGUAUGGAAUAAAGUCACCACAUGUAUACAUAAUAUUCUCAGUGGGAGGAGGUGGAUAGAGCAUUAUGGAGAAGUAACCAUUAGAAAUACCAAAAGCAGUGUUUGCAUUUGCAAACUCACAUUUGUUAAGGUGAAUUAUUGGAAUUCUAAUGUGAAUGAAGUCCAGGGGGUUGUAAUGGAUCAGGAGGGGAAGGUGGUGCACCGGCUAUUUGGGAAGUGGCAUGAAGGGCUCUUCUGUGGCGUGGCCCCUUCUGCCAAGUGCAUCUGGAGACCAGGUUCCAUGCCAACCAACUAUGAACUCUACUAUGGUUUCACAAGGUUUGCUAUUGAGCUCAAUGAGUUAGAUCCUGUGCUGAAAGAUCUCCUUCCACCAACAGACGCCCGGUUCCGGCCAGAUCAGAGGUUUUUGGAAGAAGGAAAUUUAGAAGCUGCGGCAGCAGAGAAACAAAGAGUAGAGGAGCUGCAGAGAUCACGCAGGCGCUACAUGGAAGAAAACAACCUUGAACAUAUACCAAAAUUUUUUAAAAAAGUUAUUGAUGCCAAUCAAAGAGAAGCCUGGGUUUCUAAUGAUACCUACUGGGAGCUGCGAAAGGACCCUGGGUUUAGCAAAGUAGACAGUCCUGUUCUUUGGUAAACUGGGAAUGUAGAGCUAGCCAACAUAUCACGCUCUGAAUGAAUAAAUAACUAUGCACAAUUAUGUUUCCUAGAGCUCCGCGUGGUUUCUGGGUCGACUGAAAACCGACCAUUUGCUUUUCUAUUCAUCUUUAUAAUGGACUUUCAGAAGUGCAUUAGACAAGGCCCCUAACCACUUUUGGAUCCUUUCUGUUUUGCUGCAACCAUAUCCCUUAAAAAACAUCCACGCCCUCCUUGAAAAGCAGAAAAAAAGGAGCAGAAUAUAAAAUCCAAAGUCUGAAGUGUCUGUGAAGAAAACAAACUGUAACUGGUGCUUAAAGCUGAUCCAGAGAGUUAAAAGCAACAUGACGUCUAAACCACGCGUUUGGUCCUUUGUCUGGAAGCACCAUCCCGUCCUCAGAGAAGCUCCCGGGCCAUGGCAGCUGGUCAGCUCAGACUUCGAGUGUGUCUAUUUGAUGUGGUGUACUUGUGCUGACCUUGUCAAAAAAGAUGUGAUACUUCUCAGAACCUGUUCCAUCUGUACGCCAUUGUUCAUGCCUUAAGAAAUGCAAAGAUGUACAAUAAAUCAUUUUUUAAAUGUGUGCUCCUAGGUUUAUGUGAAGGACAGCUCUUUUGAAUCAUGGCAUGAUUCACUUUCUGGGAUCAGAACAAUUAGGAGACUAACACAUGGAUUUUUGCAAAGUAAACGACACAUGCUUUACUUUGAUCUGUCGGCUACUGUAUCAUAUAUCCGAAGGGCAAGAAGGAAAAGGUGUGCUCAGUAGAUCUCUGUAUUCACAUUGCUCGUCAAGUUCCUGUCCUGCCACCCGAUAAUAAACCCUCUUCGACCUAACCUCACAGUGUGCCCUGUUAUUUGGCAAUAUCUGUAUUUGAUUUGAAUACUUGGCAUCAGUGUUAAAACCCUAGAAGGAAUAACAAAAAGCAUGUGGAAUUUUGUGUGGGCUUAGGAGUUACUGUAAACAUAAACUGUUUCUGAGUGGAGCACAAUGUAACCCCCAUGUCGAGCUUGUGCCCAGCCCAUUGGCACCGAGUGGAAACCUGCUGGGAAUAGAAGCAAGAAUACUAGGGGCUUAGUUGCAUUGUUUCAAUGAGUUCUAUGCAAAAUCAUACUUUAUAUUUUCAUCCAGUGAUUCUGUGUAAUACAUAAUGACAUAUUAGGCAUCUAUCUUGCCUUUGGCAGAGAUAGAAAACAAGCUCAAGAGUUUAUCCUUCCCAACAAGAGGGCGGGGGAGGGAGGAGGGAGGGGCAGAAAUUCGCUUUGCAUACUUCAGGAUUUGGGUUUUUUCCCAGUAUUCAGAGGCUUUUGUAAGAAACUUGCAUCAGUGUUCCUGAGUUUCUGCAUGUAGAUGACUAUAUAAAUGCCUGUAUGUUUAAAAAAAAAAUCUCUUUAGAGAUUUUCCUAGAGAAUUAUAAAAUUACAUAUAUUUUAUUCUUAGAGUCUUACCAUCGGAUUUUAAGUGUUACUUUAAACUCUGAUAACAAGGUUAUUGACAUUUUACAUUUUGUUAUGAGGUAUUGAUUGUAGUGUUCUUUCUCCUCAGCAGAGCAUUCUCCAUAAUCCACUCUCAAACCAGAACUGCCACGGAGAACAGAAGGAAACACUCUGGAGUCUCCACUAGGUGGAGCCGUGUUUUAGUUCUGAAAUCCCUCCUUCCAUCUGAGUGCCUGUAUCCUGUGUACCCUAUGGUUUUAAGUGAAAUUUCCUUCUCAAGGGCGCCUGGGUGGCUCAGCUGGUUAUGAGCCAGGUCAUACUUCGGCUCAGGUCAUGAUCUCGUGGUCCAUGAGUUCGAACCCCGUGUAGGGCUCUAUGCUGACAGCUCAGAACCUGGAGCCUGCUUCAGUUUCUGUUUCCCUUUCUCUGCCCCUCCCCAACUUGUGCACAUGCGCUCUCUCUCUCUCUCAAAAAAUAAAUAAACAUAAAAAGUGUAAUUUCCUUCUCAAGUAAACUCCCUAAUCCAUCACCAGUUGUAUGCAUCCCACUGAAGCAACACCCUCCCUAGGAUUCUCAAUGCCUUUCAUUCCCAUUUUAAAUCUAUAGGUGGCUUGCCUCGAGAUAGUCAAAUUCUUCCCUUGUUAUUGAUUCUUUUGCUACGCAUUCAUCUUGACGUCUUUUUAUCAGCAUCCCAAGCUACAUGCCUUUCAUUUUAAUUAAAACAUAAUUAGAAUCGGUUGUCUUCCCCAUAGGAGUCUGUUCACCCACAGUUGGUAAAGCUUUAAAUACCAUUUAAAGUGGUUCUGGUCUGUACUUACUAGCACUUUCCUGAAUAGUCUCAAAAUAUUUAGCCUAAAAAUAAGAAGAGAAUUCUGCAAAGCAAAUACACUGCAAAUAGAGAAGUAGGAAGAUGAGGUGUGACUGUGGAUGUAUCCGUUCACGCAGCUGCAAGAGGACUCAGGACCCACCAGGGAAGUGACUGCUGUAACCUAGCAUUCAGGCUGUAACUGAGAAGAAGAAUAACCACCAGAGAGGACCUUCACUAGAUAAUAAGUUCAGGCUACAAAUCAGAUAGGUAAAUGUUCAUCAGAGCUAACCUGAAAAGCACAACAAUGUAUAAUAACACCUUGCAUUGAGAAUCUCUUUAGAGAUUCAGAUAUCCUUAAACUCCCAAUUCAAGUGAUCAAUUCAAUUUCAGUUAAUAUUCCUGUAAUGCCUCAUUCACAAAUCUCCCUAUUAAAUGUUCAUGCUGAUGUAAUGGCCUCACUCCUCCCGCCCCCACUUUUUUUUUUUUUUUUUUUUUUUUACUUUUUACUAAUACCAUGGUUUUAGAAUUGUGAGAUACAUUCAGUCUGGAAUUUUCAUCUGCAUAAUUUGGGGCUUUUGAGACUAGUUUAAAAUGCAAAAGGAGAGAAUAGAUCAUUCCUGAUGUACCCUGACUUAUUUCUUAGAAUUUUAUAUAAGCCUUUUGUGUUUCAAGGGUACUUUUCUUACUUGUUUUUCCCUAAAACAAUCUAAAAUAGAGGAAGACUUAAUAUAUCUUUAUACCUCCCCUGCGAUUUAUUCAUAAGCUUCUUCAUCUUUUUGAGCUGGUCAUCAAGGAAAGCAGUAAUAAGUGAUGAUGGUCCUGUGGAUGCAGCUAGACUGAACAGAUCAAUGGCACACGCCAGCACUCAGAGGCCGACUAGAAACUAAUUAUUUUGCUCCCAUAUGCUGCCACCCAGGGUGCAAAUUUACUCUCAGAUUUUGCUGUUAUUGUUUUUUUUUUAAAUUAAGUCAUUGUUUUUCAUGGGUUACUUAAAAAUACCGCAUGAUUUCCAGGCAGUUGUAAAAAUAAAACUCAAUUUAAGAUACCUUUUAAUAUUACCUAUCAAUUUAUAUGUGACAUAAAAACUACCAAAUCUAUUUUCUGAGUGAGAGGUACCAAGGGGUCGUCAAUACACAGGAUGCCUGGUUGUUGAUUUUCCAUACCUUUUGUUCCUCUUCAUUAUUCUGGUCCCCGUGCCUUUCAGCAGUCCCACUAAUCAAUCAUUAGCUCCUGCCCCAAAGAGCACUUGGAGGGCAGGGGUUAAAGAAGAAACUGAUCAGCGGUUUGCUUAGUUCUGGUUACAGCUGUGGCUGGAGAUGACUUUAUAAUACUAAUCUAAUGUAAAAAUUUGUUAUUACAGAAAUUAAUUAUCCAUCUUGUCUAAUCUUGUUCCCUAUCAUCCUAGAUAAUGAAGUGUUUGUGGGAGUAGAGCUCCUCACACACCAGAGGGUGUAAUAAAUGUUUGCACUUGGCUCAAGUUGUUAUAUAAUGAAUGUGGCACAGUAAAUAGAGUUUGUGUACAAAAUACUAGUUUAUUUCUAUGGGAGCCAUUCUGUUCAGGAUAUAUAUAAUGUAUCUAAUUAAACAAUUAUGAAUCUA